AUGUCGAAUUUAUCCAAACUUGAGUUUGUGGCAUUAGAUAUUUCUGGAAAGAAUUAUCUUUCAUGGGUACUCGAUGCUGAGAUUCACUUGGCUGCUAAAGGUCUUGAUGCCACUAUUACUCAGGGAAAUGAAUCAUCGAGUCAAGAUAAGGUGAAGGCUAUGAUUUUCCUUCGUCAUCAUCUUGAUGAGGGCCUGAAGAUUGAAUAUCUGACGUUAAAAGAUCCACUUGAAUUGUGGACUGAUUUAAAGGGGAGAUAUGACCAUCUAAAGGCAAUAGUGUUGCCAAGAGCUCGUUAUGAGUGGAUGCAUUUACGGGUUCAAGAUUUUAAGACCGUAAUUGAAUACAACUCUGUUGUAUUCAGGAUAACUGCCCAGUUAAAAUUAUGUGGGGAGACUAUAAAAGAUGAGGACAUAUUGGAAAAGAAACUUACUACUUUCCAUGCCUCAAAUGUGAUAUUGCAGCAACAACAUCGUGAAAAGAAUUUUCAGAAAUAUUUUGAACUAAUCUCAUGUCUUUUGGUGGCUGAGCAACAUAAUGCUCUUUUAAUGAAAAAUCAUGAAGUUCGUCCUACUGGAGCUGCUCCAUUACCGGAGGCAAAUGUGGUGGAAGCACGUGAUCAAUCCGAAAAAGGAAAUAAAAGUGGUGCUUCCUCUUCCAAUGCUCGAGCUGAGUCACAUAUGACUCUUAAAGAUGAUGAUAAACCGGGAACAUCUUAG